CCUACAUACAGUGAAAUAUCAUCACAAGAGAUAUCAUCAGCAAUACAAGGACCAAAUUCUUUUAAUGUCACUAUCCAGUUUUCAUGCACGGCCCCACCAGUUUAUGUUUCAAUCAUUUUUAAAUACAAAAUAUACGGAGUUAAUAGAACAAAUGGAAAUAUCACAAUACAUGCUCUCAACAAUAAAUGUAAUAAUAAUAAUAAUAAUAAUAAUAAUAAUAAUAAUGGUGCUAGUACUGCUACACAGAUCACUCAAACUGCUGCUCCAACACCCACUGAAGGUGGGACUGGAAACUCAGCCACUGAUAGUAAUAAUGAUGACAAUAAUUCAAUUAAUCCGAUAUUUUACGGUGUCAUAUCAGUAGUUGGAUUAGUCAUUAUACUAAUACUAGUUAUUGCGAUCAUCUAUCACUGCAUUGUGUUGAGACGAUGGAUGAUUAAGAAUAGACAAGAUAAUGAAAAUGAUGAUGAUGAUGAUGAGAGGUAUACGUUUCCAAUUGAAUUAUUGAGUCAUUUACACAGCACAAACCAACCACAAGUCAAUAUGUCCCUUCCUCCAUUAAAUGUCUCCACACUACCCAACUCUCCCUCUCACCCUCUCCCUCCCCCUCCCUUCACUCCCUUCCCUCCCUUCCCUCAUCCUGGAGUCAGGCACCCAUCAAUGGGGUCCAUUUUAAACUCAUCCAUUCGGAGUCUGAUGUCAUUCAGGGAUAUCUUUGUUGAUAGGAAAAGAAUACAAUUUAACGCUAAACUAAUGGAAGGUGUGUUUGGUGUUAUGUAUGAAGGAUAUUUAACUAAUGCUGAAGAUGAUGUUGAAGGAGCAAUACCAGUAAUAAUUAAAACUGUUAAAGAUAAUACUCCUGAUAUUGUUGUAAAGUCGUUAUUGGAGGGCGGGGCUGCUACAAGGGGUGUGAUCCAUCGUCAUUUAUUACCUCUAAUUGGUGCCCAUGCUUCAGACCUAGAACAACCAAUGUUACUCUAUCCCAAAUCUUCAUUUGGUACUUUGAAAACUUUAUUACUGAAAACAAGAGAAGGAGGAGGAAUCAUGUUACCAGGAAAUAAUUCUGGUCAGUGUACAUAUAUAUCAACACAUGAUCUUGUAUUUAUAUCUGAACAAGUGGCCAGAGGAAUGUACCAUUUAACUAGAAAAGGACAAGUACAUAAAGACCUGGCAUGUAGGAAUAUAUAUAUUCACGAGAAUCUACAUGUAAAGAUUGGUGAUAGGGGACUAAGUUGGGAUUUUUAUCCAGAAGAUUAUAAUACAAUAGAAGAGAGAGGAGGAGGGGGAGAUGAGACCAUUGCUUAUCCUGUCAAGUGGAUGGCAGCUGAAGUUUUGUCUGACAAAAGAUACUCUUCAUCUUCUGAUGUGUGGUCAUUUGGUGUUGUACUGUGGGAGAUAAUGACAAGAGGAAAGACUCCUUAUGAAGAUGUACUACCUGAAAAUAUGUUAAACUAUUUAACUACUGGCCACAGACUCCCCCAACCUAAAAACUGUCCUGAUGAUCUGUUUAGUUUAAUGGGUUGGUGUUGGGCCCUCACUCCUAGUGAUAGACCAAGAUUUAGUCAUUUAACUGUACGACUUAAAGAAUUUUAUGAUCAACUGGGAUCAUUUAUAUAAAGAGAGCCAACCAGAGAGUAUACUCUAUCAUUAUUUUAUUUCAUUUCACCAUUCACUGUAUUUUUAACAUAAACUAUUCUUCAGAGA